AUGGCGACCAUCCAGGAGAACAAGACGCCAGAUACAAGCAGCGAUACACCUGCCAGCAUGGAGAAGGGUGUUGAUCGCCAGCCCAGCGUGGGAGAUGGCACAGUGCCUUACAAUAUGCGAGAAGCGGAUUUCAUGACGAGAAACGGUCUCAACUUGAAGAGCUUUCAAAGACGAGACUGGGGCAUCCACGAUUCUCAGCUCGAUCGGUCCAUGAAGAAACGCCACCUGAACAUGAUUGCUAUCGGUGGCUCGAUCGGUGCAGGUUUCUUCGUCGGCUCCGGCGGUGCGCUCGCCACUGGCGGUCCAGGCUCGGUGCUCCUCUGCUUUCUCAUCGCAGGUGUCAUGAUCUUCAAUGUGGUUCACUCCCUCGGCGAGCUUGCCGUUAUGUAUCCCGUUUCCGGCGGCUUUUACACCUACGCCGUCAGGUUCAUCGAUCCUUCGUGGGGUUUUGCCAUGGGCUGGAAUUAUGUCUUGCAAUGGACUAUUGUCCUACCGUUCGAACUUGUCGUUGCCACCUUCACCUGCCAGUACUGGAACCGGGACAUCAGCAUCGCGGUGUGGGUGUCAGUCUUCUGGGUGGUCAUCAUCUUCAUCAACAUCUUCGGUACUCUGGGCUACGCUGAGGAAGAGUUCUUGAGCUCUUGUUUCAAGCUUGCUGCUAUUAUCAUCUUUAUGAUCGUCGCAAUCGUCCUGAUUUGUGGUGGAGGUCCCUCUGACGGCCUGUACGGGGAGUAUUGGGGAGCACGUGUAUGGUACGACCCGGGUGCCUUCCAAAACGGCUUCCGAGGAUUCUGCACUGUGUUCGUCACCGCUGCUUUCUCCUAUGCGGGUACCGAACUUGUCGGGCUGGCAGCGGCCGAGUCAGAGAACCCUCUGAAAGCUCUUCCAUCGGCAAUCAAGCAGGUCUUCUGGCGUAUCACCUUCUUCUACGUCCUCGGCUUGACUCUCGUCUGCAUGCUGAUUUCGUCCACCGAUGAGCGUCUUCUCAACGCAGAAAACAGGUAUCGGGACGGAGUGGCACCAUUCGUACUGGCUGCCAGGGAUGCGGGCCUCAGAGGCUACGAUUCGUUCAUGAACGUUGUCAUCUUGGUGUCUGUGGUAUCUCUCGGCGUGUCUUGCGUUUAUGGAGGCUCCCGUACGUUGACUGCGCUCGCCGAGCAGGGCUACGCACCAAAGAUCUUCGCCUACAUCGACCGAUCCGGACGCCCUCUUCCAUCUGUACUCGUCGUUCUGUCAUUUGGCGCCCUUGCGUACGUCCAAAUGGCUCCAGAUGGAUCGACUGUCUUUGGCUGGUUGUUGGCCAUGUCUUCUCUUGCGGCGCUCCUGACUUGGGGAUCCAUCUGUUACUCCCACAUCCGUUUCCGUCAAGCAUGGAAGGCACAAGGCCACACUGUCGACGAGAUCCCACACCAGGCCAUCUUUGGCGUCUGGGGAGCGUGGGCAGGCUUGGCGCUGGUCAUCCUCAUCUUCACUGCCCAACUGUACACAGCGAUCUGUCCCGUCGGUGGCGGCUAUACCGACGCAGAAGGCUUCUUCAACGUCAUGCUUACCGUCCCCGUCAUCAUGGUCUUCUGGAUUGUCGGCUAUCUCUGGAAACGUCAAGGCUUCUUGAAGAUUGACCAGAUCGAUGUCGACUCCGGCCGUCGCGAGAUCGAUUGGGAGUAUGUCCACGAACGUCGCAGGCUUUACGCCAGCUGGCCUUGGUGGAGGAAGGCUAUCAAUCAGCUGUGGUAG